AUGGAGUCCUGGAUUCAGCAGGCAUGCCUUGACAGUGGUGCCAUUCACUCCUUCGCUUUGGCACGGCAGCGUGUCGUUGCAAAGAAAGGAGGAGAGCAGCUGGACCCCACACUGGCAAAGGCGGUGCAAAGUGCCAUCCGCAUGGUGUUCAGCAACAACUUGGAGCUGUGCUCCUUUGCCCUCGGCGACUCUUUCGUUGGGGAUACCUUCGUCUGUCUCGAGGUUCUGGAUGAGUUGCAAAGCCUGGAGCAGCAGAGGCGCGAGUCCAACCGAAAAGUUUGUGCUCGGGGUCUGCUGGCAGGUUCGGAGGUCAGGGGUUUUCAGCAGAGGGUUUCCCAAUUCCACAGAGCCGCUAAGCUGUCGGACGACUAA